AUGGGUGCAUUCUGGCCGAUGCUGUCCUUUUCUAUGGGCUAUGAACCAGCUGCCCAAGAACAUGAUCUUGUACAGCAUGUUUUGGAACCUAUCGAGGAGGGCAUCUGCUUGACCAACGACUACUGGAGCUGGGAAAGGGAGCUUUCCGACCACCUUACCAACGGAAACCGCAUCAAUAACAGUGUGGAUGUUGCAAUGCGAAUAUUGAAUCUUGAUCAAGCGACUGCGAAAGAGUGGCUGAAAGAACGUCUCAUUGGUCUGGAGUGCGAAUAUGUGCAAUAUAAAGUGGAAUUUUACCAAGAGCAUCCAAAUUUGUCAUUGGAACUCCGAAGAUGGAUCGAAUUAGCCGGCUCCAUCAUGAGAGGUAUGCACUAUUGGGCGUCGUCACGUGCAUGCCACCAUGGCUGGAAAGAGCAUCGUGAACAAGCGCAGAACACUCCACUUACACAAGACGGUGCCCAGUCAUGCACUCAUAACACAAUCGAGUUUGAAGACAACUCUUCCGAUCAAUGCUCUACAGCCUCGACUUCUUUGACUACCCCAGACCUUGUGAAUGAGUUCGAGAUUGAUAAGAACAUUGGUUCCGAAGGACUCAAUCAAAUUAUUGAACUCGGAGGCACAUCUAAUCAGAACCCUACUCAGAACGAGAAUGACAGGGUGUUGAUGAGGCCAAUCAAAUACAUCGCCUCAUACCUCCAAAUGGUCGACAACUUUAUGUUCGUACGUGCGGUCCGGGAAGCUUCUGGGUUGAAGAACGAAGUUGCAGUCCUUCUAUUGUUAGACGGUCUUGAACGCAUGUAUCAGGGGCAAACCUUGGACUUGUACUGGAAGCAUACAAUGAUGUGUCCGAGCAUCUCCGAGUAUCUCCAUAUGGUCGAUUGUAAAACCGGUGGUCUUUUUCGCAUGUUGCUUCAGCUUGCCAAAUCAGAGAACACUGUGAGCUACCCCUCAAACCUGGGCUUGGAUACUAUCGUCCUUCUUUUCGGUCAUUUCUUUCAGAUCCGUGAUGACUACAUGAACCUUUGCUCUGUUGAAUACGGAAAACAGAAAGGCUCUUGUGAAAACUUCGAUGAAGGGGAAUUUUCCUAUCCUCUGAUCCAACUUUUUGACUUGCUUCCAGAAUGCAAAGAUGAAGUUGUUGGUAUUCUGAAGCUGAGCCGCCGACCUAACCAGAAACUCCCUGAACAUGCGAAGCAGCAGAUACUUGAUCGAAUGCACGCUUCUAGCGCGAUGGAUGCGACACGCUCUUUCUUGCGGGCUCUGGAGGAGAAGAUCGAUAAAGAGGUUGAGAAGGACAUGGUCAAUAACGGUACCACACUGUGUCUAAACAGGACUGUAAUGGUAAAGUACAUGAACUAUGCUGGCGACAGCUGGGUUGGCUAUGAUGAUGUCGAAACCAUCGCGAUGAAGGAGGAUUUUGCUAACUCCAUGUGUCUUGGUGGUACAACGAUCUGGUCCAUCGGUUUUGACGCAAGUGCUGGCGGUGGCGGAGGUUCAGAGCUCGUCUAG